UUUGAGAAUUGUGAAACGGUUCGGUUGUGAGUGAAUUUUCGAGAAAAAUAAAUAUAUAUAAAUAAUUUAAAACAAUAUUUGGGCGUGCGGAAAUUAGAAGUAAAAGUAGUCAAAAUUUGCGUGGCCGGUCGAAAUUUCACUGUGAGUUCAUCAAGCAUUUCCAUGACUAUUUUUUAUCUAAUAAUUUAAAGUGAAUAUUCUGAAAGCAAAACAAAAACGCCAAUAAACUAACGAAGAUAAAAUAAGUAGGAAGCACACAACGAAGAGAAUAAGAAUAGACAAGUGAUUGUAUUUCCAAAUUUUCCAUUCGUAUGAAAAGACGUUUUUCAAAGAAAAAAAUUGUAAAUUGGUUUCCAACACCACAAAGAAAAUAUGGAAAGGAAAUUAGUAGCUUAAUUAAAUUUCGAAAGCGAAUGCAACAAUAAUGAAAAUGGUGGUCAUUGACACAAAAUACGAAGUGCCAAUAUUAAAUAGUGAACAAAAUAGAUAACAUUUGAAAAAGUGGAACAACACUUUCUGAAGCGGAGGGGGUGAAAAAAAUCAUAGAAACAGAAUAAAGAGCCUCCAUAGUCCAGAAAGACAAGAUUAGUGAAAAGUUUAAGAACUAAAACUUGAGCACAAAACUGCCGGUGGUCGGUCAUUUACACUUACAACGUUGUUUUAAAGUAGAAUCGUGAGACUAUCAUAAUCGAAACAAACACCAACAUUUGUCGUAUGCCUUAAUUUGGGCAAAUUUCUUGUGAUAAAUCCGCGUUUCGUUCGAUCCCUUCGUGCAUGCUGCCAAAAUUGUUGCUGCAAUUUCAUCUGUUUCUUGAUAACCUCCUAAAAUCAAAAAACGAAUUUAUACAGAUCCUCACCGACUUCUCAUUAUUCUCAUUCGAUCACCUGCAUUUGGUCAAAUUCAUAGCCAGAAUGUCGACUGCAUUUCUUACCGCCAUUGCGGUCAUAAUGUGCAUCCUAUUUCGUAUACUAAACGUUAAUAGUCAGCCACUAAAGCCAAGCGUUUGGUGUUUGGAUCAACAGUUCCUGGAUUGUAUUUACAAGAUUGCGCCAGUACUUAGAGAACCCUAUGUUCCCACGCGCCUUUGGGGCUUUAGUGGCCACGUACAAACGGUGCUGCAUAGCAUAGUAGGACGUGUGAAAUGUCCUUGGCCACUGGGUGAACGUGUGUAUUUGUUGUUGCAGGAUGGCUCAACACUCACCUACGAUCUCUAUCAGCCGAUAAAUGAAGCCGAAGAUGAUGUCACAGUUGCGAUUUGUCCAGGAAUUGGCAAUACCUCCGAAAGUGUUUAUAUUCGCACAUUUGUGCAUUAUUCACAAGUGCAUGGAUACAGAUGUGCUGUACUUAAUCACAUCGGUGCAUUGAACAGUGUCCAGGUGACGUCGACGCGCAUCUUCAGCUAUGGUCACACCGAUGACUUUUCAGAAAUGGUCGACAAUUUACAUAAAAAAUAUCCACACAGCCGGAUUGUAGCGGUCGGUUUCAGUUUAGGCGGCAAUCUUAUUACAAAAUAUAUGGGCGAAACAACAAAACCUAAACCACACACAAUACUCGGUGGCAUUUCAAUUUGCCAGGGCUACAACGCAGAGGAAGGCACCAAAUGGCUUUUGAAUUGGCAAAAUUUCCGCCGCUUCUAUUUGUAUGUGAUGACUGAGAAUGUAAAGAAUAUCAUACUCAAGCAUCGUCAUGUUUUACUAUCCGACGAGGUGAAGGCCCGUCACAAUUUAAAUGAACGCGAGAUUAUUGCUGCCGCCACACUACCCGAAUUGGAUGAGGCGUACACGCGUCGUGUGCACAAUUUCUCAACAACACAAGAAUUAUAUAAGUGGAGCUCAUCACUACACUUCUUGGACAACAUCGAGAAGCCAAUGAUUUUCAUUAAUGCUAAAGAUGAUCCAUUGGUGCCGGUGGAUUUGUUGCCACCCAUUAAAGAAUUUGCAUUGUCCCGUCCCAAUACCGCAUACAUUGAACUUGCUCACGGUGGACAUUUGGGAUUUUAUGAAGGCGGUUUGAUUUAUCCAAAUCCAGUAACAUGGCUGGAUCGCACAGUCGUCGCUAUGGUUGGAUCUAUAGUUAUGUUGCAUAUGGAUGCUGCAUCUGGUGUACAAAAAGUUGCAUUGUAAAUGUGAUAGAUGGAAAUGUGCAUUUUUAAACCGACACAUAAACACACUCACAAAUGGAAAUCGCACAUCAAUAAGAACAAUUAGAAAAAGGAAUUUCAUUGUUCACAAGUUCCGUACACAAAUGUAUUAAAAGUAGCACAACGCUAAAACGUUGCUCUUUCUUCAAGGCAUAAAAUUGAAAUGUUGAAUUUUGGCGGUUUUCUAAUUUGUAUUUGUUGUAUACAUAAAGAAAUUCCAUUUUGGAUAGAAAAAAAAAAUGAAAAAUAAGAACUUAAUAUAUAGUAUUUAUGGCAUAUGUUGUUUAUGAUUUCUGUGAAUUAUGCACAAUAAAAAAUCAGCUGUAAAAAUGUUGGACUUUACGAAAUAGGAGCCGUAGUCAUUCAAUGACUUCACAGGGAAAUUCCACUUGUUUCAUUUAGGUACAUUUAUAUACCAAAUUAACGAGCCUGCGCUGGCCAAACAGUUAUUUAUUUCUAUUUUAUGCUUGCGAGGCAAGUUUUUGCGAAAUAAGCACCUACGUGUAUGUAUUAAGUAUUUUUUACAAAUUCAAAAGCCACAAAUAUUUGUGCUAGGCAUUUUACAUUGCAUUUCUGAGUGAGUGCAUAAUAUUUUUUUUAAUAUGAAAGAAAUAUUCAACGUUUUCGGUGAAGUAAAAGCAAGACAAAAAAUGUAUAUUAUUUAAGGAACUUUAUAGCAUCUCAAUGAAAAUAUAAACCAAAACAUAACUUAUGUACAUACAUACAUACUCGUAUACAGGAGGCACGUAUUUAUUUAUAAAGUUUACAAUAUUUGUUUGAAGUCAAAAUGUUUUGCCUUGAAAUUAGUUAUGUACAUACAUGUUUUAGUAUAAAGUGACUUGCUUAACUGGGAACAUCGUAUCGCUCAUUUACUGCAAGCGUAUCACAAUCCAAAAAAAUCGAAAUGUUGAGAAAAAAUGGCAUAACCGAAUACCGUCAUCGGAGUCCAACCACCACCCAUCGCAGUGAAAGAGCUUCAGCUGCCUCGUGAGAUCCGCGUAAUUUUGGCUGCAUUACGUUGCGGAUAUUGUAGCAGGUUAAACUCCCAUUUAUCCAGUAUCUCUUAAACCUACUCACUUAACGCCUCUCUCGCUGUGAGUCCAACCCGUCGAAACGCUAUGUUCGCUGGGCCUACCGUUGGGUGAGUUAGACGAUAACGAUAGAUGACUAUACCGCAAUAGUAGGGCUUGAUAAACUGCUACAACAACAAAAACGGUUUCGAAGUUUUCAAUUUGCUAUGCCUCCUUAAGUAAAAGUAAAGGCUCAUUUUAUUUCAUACCGUUCAUAGAUAUCGCCAUGAAUUUUUUACCCAGCACAAAGUAAAGGUUUGUGGCCAUUUCUGCUUACGAAUCUAAACAAAAAAUUUUUUUUGGACGUGACACUAUUGAUAAGUGAGCGAUAUGAUGGAAAUAAGCGAAAUAAAAACAAGGGAGAUAUAAAAAAAAAAUUGUUUAGGGGUGUAAAAGUAAAAGCUCGAUAUUCGAGACUACUCAAAAACACAAGCUGAGAUCUAAAAUUUAUCGAAAUAUUUUGAUAAUAAAAUCAUCAUCAAUGCCUUGGUUCAGAAUGGAACAUAGGACCUCCCAUAGGGAUAAUAAAAUAAUGAAGUAAACACUUUUUAGUUCCAAGCUAACUUAAAAAAAUUUGAAAAAAUUAGAUAUUUACAUUAAUUAAACUGAAAAUCUUUUGAAAUUGUAAGUUGCUUUUUAUGUAAAUCGCUCUCAAGAUAACUGCUUCACUAUGAGUGUAGCUCAUAUAGCGCGGUUCUUGGUUUGCCAUUGUCCCAAGAUCAUCGGCUACAAAUGUAAAGUGAGGUAAUUCGAUCAGUUAAUUUAACUUUGUUUUCCUUAUGAUCAUUAUCAGGAGGAUCCUAUGUUUCUGUUUCAGAAAAUGCAUAUGCAUAAACUCGCCUUGUAUUUAAUUUACGAUAUCUGGUCCAGUAAAGUUGUUGUAUUCUGUACAAACUUCUCCUACAAAUUCAGUAAUUUUUAAAAUGUUCAAUGUUUUCUUUCCACGGUUUAGCCGCCAAUUUCGACCCCAAAAAAUUACUUAUAUUAAUAUUUACUCAAUGUCAGGCAAAACAAUCUAGAGCAUUAAAGAGUGGCGCUAAUUUAAUGCGCAAUAUUUAAAAUAGAACAAUCGCGAUAGAUGAAUCGCCGCAUUAAUGGGUAAUCGCGCUUAUCGAGCUUGUACUGUAAAUGCUCAUUAUUAAAAACAAUAAAAAAAAAUGAUUCCAAUUAAUAGCAAAUUAAUCGAUUUACUUUUAUGAAUUGUGUUUGAGGCAUUUAUACUUUAAAUUUUAAAGUAAAUGGAAAAAACAAAUUUAUAUCAAAAAGAACUUUUUUAUGAAAAUCAUGCGCAAAAAAUUUGUACUUAAGUUCUUUUACUAUUUUAUAAAAAAUGUGAUGCAACUUCAAAGAAGCUCUUUUCUUUAGUUAAAACAUAAAACUAGUUUUUAAGUUAAAGCUGGAGGCGCAUUUGUCUUUAACUAAAUAAUUUAUUUAAUUAUACUAUAUUUUUAUUAUAUAGUUAAAUCUAACAAAUACAACUUAAUGCCACGAUAGCGAUUGAACACUUGAAAACAUCACUAUUCUUAAGCUUCUACUCAUUCAAUUAAAAAAAUCAUUUUAGCUUUUAAUUUUAGAAAUAUUUUUUAACACUUUUUAACUCUUUCUAAAUGAAAUGGGAAUAGCAAAUAAAAACUAAAAUUGUUUAAAAAAAUGAAAAACACAUUAUUAAAAGAUAGAAAUCCGCAUAGCACUUGAAAAAAAAAAAAAACAAAAGACAGUUCAUUAAUUGAAGUCUAAGACGAAAUAAACUACAAGGUAUAUUAUAAAGGCCUUAUUUUUAUAUGUAGUAUGGACUUAGUUCUUUUGAAAUGACUUUUUUAGACACAUUUUGUGAUUUUAAUUUUGUAUUAAGAAAAAUCAAAAAAAUAUACGCAAUGUCUCAAUAUUUGUAUGUUAGAAAAAAAGUAGUUGAUAAAUCAAUACGUACCAAUCAUAUUUGUUCUGCGCUUAAUAAUGGAAAUAAAUAUUAAUGGGUCUUUAGGCCUUUAACUAUAAAUCCACAUACAUACAUAUGUACAUGUGUGUAUAUGCAUGCAUUAGUACAUACUCAUAGCUACAGUAACAAUAGCAUAAUUUUUCCAUGAGCCCUACUGCGCCAACGUUUUCAAAUGCAGCAGAAAUUUUCCACCUUUAUAAGCCGAAUUGAAGCAAAUAUUUGAUAAAUGUUUAUUGCUUAUAAAUAAAAUAGUGCAUCAUUGGAAUAUUCGUACAAACACGACGAAUGUGUUCAAUAUACCUUUAUAAAAUGCCGAAAAAGACUAACAAAAAAAUUGUUUACAGUUGAGUCACACUGGCAAGUAACUCGUUGUAAGUGGAGAAAAUGCUUCUGAAGUGAUCUACAUAUAUUUAAAUAUUCAAAAAGAAAAAAAAUUUUCACGUGCAAUCUAGGCGAAUUCUUUAAAAGUGGUGGCACUAGGCCAACAACAACAUUUUUUGUAUAUUAGAAUGUCACGUCAAAGUAGAAGGCAAAAUAGAAAAAAGAAUCGAUUAAUUGUCGUGUUAAAAUUAUUUUAAAAUGUUCAUAAUAACUUCUAAAUUUAAUUUCAUUAUAAAACUUUCAAAAAUUUCUGUUCAUAAUUGAAUUUCGUGCUUACAUCCGAAUGUAUGUACCUGCAAAUGAAGAAAAAAUCAGCUGGCUUGCUGCUACUGCCUUUAAUAGACUCUCCUUCUGUGCUAUUAUAAAUCGUUAAGUGGAAAUUGUUUUUUGAAUUUUCAUAUUUGAACAUGAAUUCGCUGUGACGUCAGGCUCCUAGAAUAUACAAACAAUAUACAAACUUUAUAUGCAUUUAAGCUUUCGCAAUUUAAAAGGAGUUUUCAUAAGUUUGUUCAGUUGAAAUGUCACAAAUUACAAUAUUACCAUGCCAUUUACUGAGUUUUCACAAACAUGUAAUUUGCCCUCCUCUUGUUUGUUUUGUAUUAUUAGGUACCUGAUGUCACGCUUGUCAAAAUCGCGACAAAUAAAGUGUUGGGGGAAGACGUCACCUUCUGAAUUCAAUUCACUUUGAUAUGUGAAAUAAAUUUACGCUUGCCUGCCGCCGAUUUUCUCUAUUCUCAACAAUUUAUUUGUAUGUGUGACUUAAGUAUUACAAAAGGUUUGAAUGGCAUCCGCAAUGCGCGAAAAACUAUAAUAUUAUAUAAAAUAUAAAAAGAAAGAAAGAUAAAAAUAUAUUAUGUGUGGAAAAUAUUUUAAAAUGAAUAUGAAAUCAAAUUUGUAUAAAUGUGUGUAAUCCAGACGAAGAGAAAAAAUUAAAUAAAAAAUAUUACAUGGAAA